UCUAGUUUAUAUUUUUUUAUAUCGCUAAGCGUACAAAAUUAUUUUUAUUAAGUGCUUCAAGCAUAUAAUAUAUGAAGAUAUAAUAUUUUUGCUGAAAAUAUGCUGUUUUCGUGUUAUAAGUGUCAACAAAAAAAUAUAUUCUUUUCUUAAUUUUUUAAUCAAUUUUUUUUUAAUAUGCUGCCGUAUCUUCUGCUUAUGAACCGUUUAAAAAGCAAUCGGCGUGAGGAAUUACAAGUAGGUAAUCUGGAAUGCUGCAGGACCUGUCUAGGAUCUGAAAAUCUCACUGAUAUUUUCCAAUCUAAAAACAUAAUGAUGAAGCGUAUGCAAGAACUGAAGCUGACUACUGGAUUACGGAUAAAAUAUAAUGAUGGAUUAUCACAGAAAAUAUGUUCCAAAUGCUUAGAUAUGAUGGAGACUGCAUUAAAAUUUAGACAGAUAAGCUUAAAAGCACAAGAUUGUUUGCUUGAUAUGAAACAAUGUAAAGAAUCUGAUGAAAAUAGAUUGAAAAUAAAAAUACAACGAGAUAAUGAUUUCCAGGAAGUAGAAAUUGAGUUUGCGAAAAAGAGAAUGCAUAGACAAAAAACAAAACUAUCUCAGAAUAAAAAUAUAAGGUUGAAAAUGGUAAAAGUGAAAAAGAGGGUUAGAAAAAAGAGAAAGUCUAUGCAAAUACCAAAUGCAGAUUCAUACACAUGUCCCGUUUGUCAAAUGGUGUUUACAAUUAAAUCGUCAUUUGCACAGCAUGUGAGAUAUCACUAUAACCCAUAUGUUUGUGAGUUAUGCGGGAAGCGAUGUCGGUCCAUUUCGACACUGGAAGCCCACAAGCGAGCGAAACACGGCCUUGAAAAGAUUUACAAAUGUGAUCAAUGUGAGAAAGAAUUUGCCUAUCGAGAAGCUUAUCAGAUUCACGUCCGAACACAUACCGGCGAAAAGCCGUAUAUUUGCGACAUAUGUGGGGCUGGAUUCCACAGACGUGGGACUUUUGUCCAGCAUUUGGGAGUACAUAAUCCAGAAAACACAGUUCAAUGUGAUCUGUGUCCGACGCGAGUUAAAUCUCUACAAUUUCUUUAUUCACACAAAAACAGAGUACAUUCGGGUAAACGGUAUCGCUAUAUUUGUCCCAUCUGUGAUAGACGAUUCGAUUUACCGACGAAAGUUAAGAAACAUGCAUUAGAAGAGCAUCAAGUUGGGGAUAAAGAUUUAGGAACGAUAGUUAGGAUUAAUACAUUCCUUCAAAAUACAUCGCAAAAGCGUUCGUCGGAUUCGGGAACGAAUGACUAAGAAUGAGAUUCAGAAGAGAGGCGUGAAUGACAGUUUAUAUUUGCGUUCAAAAACGGUUGACGUCUAACUUAGGCAUAGACUAUAAAUCAAAAUCGGCGAUUUGAGAUUAACCGAAAACUGGCGCCAACAAGCGGAUGAUGUCUUAAAAAUACAGAUCAUAAUUAUGUAAUGUGUAAUACAUUACACAGAUAAAAUAUUAUUAUACUACGUUAA